AUGGUCAACGUUAUUUAUGAAACCCUCAGAGACGUCUAUCCUCCAAAACCAACUUACUUGCCUGAGCAAUAUCCAGAUUUAACUGGUAAAACCGUUGCCAUCACUGGUAAUUCUGCUGGUAUUGGUUUUCAAACUACCAAAUUAUUGUUGAAGCAAAAUGCCACCGUGAUUGGGUUCAACAGAAACCCUGUGAAAACUGCUAACGCUUUUGAAACCUUGAUUAAGGAAGUAUCACAAGAGACUCAAAAAACAGAAAAGGAAGUCGAGGAAAGAUUGCAUUCUGUACAGAUUGACUUGGGUGAUUUGACCACAAUUAAGUCAGUGGAGAAGCAAUUGGCAGAUCUAAAAGUCACCAAACUUGAAUAUGUCAUAUUUAAUGCUGGGGUGAUGCAACCUGCCGAUGGUUCAAAAUCUGCCCAAGGUUACGAAUUGCAAAUCGGUACCAAUGUCUUGGGCCAUCACUUGCUUCUGAAAUUACUUCAUCCAUAUGUCAUCAAGGCAGCCACCCCAACUUUCCAACCUCGAGUUGUGUGGUUGGCCUCGUCUGCUCAUCUUAUUUCUCCAAAAGACGGGGGUAUUAAUUUUGAUUCUUUCAAGGAUGCUAGUCAUUGCACCAGUGUUGAAGUAUACGGGCAAUCGAAGACCGGAAACAUUUAUCAAGCUUAUAUCUAUGGGCAGAAAUAUAAAGACCAAGGGAUUAUCAGUUUAUCUGUGCAUCCAGGGUAUUUGAGUAGUGAUUUGCAAAGAACAUACACGGCAAUUGGCAAGUUCUUCAUACAAAGUAUAUUACAUGAUGCAGUUUAUGGCGCGUACACCGAAUUAUUUGCCCUGUUAAGUCCAGAAAUCACCACAGAGAAAAACGGUAGUUACAUUGGCCCUUGGGGUAAUUUCAGAACUUUAAGGGAUGAUGUUGAAAAAGGUCUCACCGAUGGUACUGCUCAAAAAUUGUGGGACUGGGCCGACUCUCAAGUCGAAGAAUAUUGUUGA